GCCAAAUUGAUUCCACUUUUACGCAGGCUACAACUUGCAGUCUUUCCAUUUGUUAAUCAAAUUUCCCCUUAACGGUACAAACUUGCAAUUCAUGGCUAGAUAACUCGAGACAUCGAUUCGAACGGUAGGAUUUCGCCAUGGGGAUUAAAGGCAUAUAUAAAGAAAUUGGCACCGGCAAGCGAAUAUCGCUUACGAAGCUUGCCGUCGAGAAGCUCGAAGAGACUGGUCGCCCCUUGCGCAUAGCUAUAGAUAUCGCUAUAUGGCAAUUCCAAGUCCAAGCAGGCCGAGGUGGUUCUAACCCAGCUGUUCGAACGCUAUUUUACCGGCUGCUUCGUCUGCUUAGCUUAUCUAUACAACCCAUCUUCGUUUUCGAUGGCCCUAGAAAGCCCGUAUUCAAGCGAAACAAGCGCUCUGGUCGAGGUGAUGGCGUCGCCACAGCUAUGGCUAAGCGAAUGAUCAGACUGUUCGGGUUUCAGGUCCACGAUGCUCCUGGAGAAGCAGAAGCCGAGUGUGCACUAUUACAGCAAACUGGCAUUGUCGAUGCCGUACUCAGCGAGGAUGUCGACACCAUCAUGUUCGGCUGCACGCGGACACUAAGGAAUUGGUCGUCUGAAGGUACGAGAGGAAGCAAAACGCCUACUCACGUCUCUAUGUACGACACCCAAGGGUUGUUAGAAAGCGGCGCCGGCCUAGAUCGGGAAGGGAUGGUCCUGGUUGCACUCAUGAGCGGCGGUGACUACCUCCCGGAAGGAAUUCCCGGCGCCGGUAUCAAAGUGGCUUGCGAAGCUGCCCGAGCAGGAUUCGGCAAGGCUUUGUGUAGACUGAAAAAGUCAGAUACGUCUGAAAUAUCUAGCUGGAAAGAGUGGCUGGCCUACGAGUUACAGCACAACGAGAGCGGAUUUUUUAAGACGAGACACAAAGCUUUAUCCAUACCCGAGGAUUUUCCAAAUAUCGACGUUCUCAGAUACUAUACUCACCCGGUAGUAUCCCCCGCUUCGACUCUCGAACGAUUAAGGCAACAACAGUGGGAUCAACCGGUUGACGUCCAAGGGCUACGAGAGUUCGUCAGAGAAACCUUUGAUUGGAGUUAUCGAAUAGGGGCUAUCAAGUUCAUAAGGGUUCUAGCACCGUGCUUGCUAGUACGAAAGCUGAUAACACGGAGUACUCGCGGUGAUCUUGAGUCCGAUUCCAUUGAAGUUCUAGAGAAACAGGAGUCGGAACUAGUAAGGUCAAUCACAAGUAAACGUGCUCACUUCAGUACGGAUUCAACGCCAGAAUUACGUAUAUCUUUCGUGCCAACAAAAAUAGUCGGCUAUGAUUUCCAAGAAGAACCGGAUGAGGUCAUCGACUAUGGACGAGAUGGUCUAGCACUCAAUAGCGAUGAGGAAUUCGAACCUGCAGCCGAAGAUGAGGGAGCCGAAGCGGUCGGGAAGACUAGUAAGAAGCCAUUUAAUCCAGUCGAACCUGACCUAUUCUGGUUACCAGAAACCAUAGCAAAACUUGGAAUACCUAUUACAGUUGAGGACUGGGAAGAAGCGCAACGUGCCAAGUUGGCACCUCGUCAAAAGGCUAAGGCCCCGAAGCAAAAGAGCAAACCCGUGGGUACCACUUCUAGGGCAUUAGACAAGUUCGUCAAAGUUACCAAGAAUGUCCCACGAAAUACAGAAGCUAGUAAAAAUAAUACGCCAGUAUCUCCUACACCUUCUCGAGUUAGCAGUCCAUUUGGUAUCCCCAGGAUACCUUCGCAAAACUUACCUCCCCCUGCUCCAACUAGAACCAGUCAGGCAUCUCAAAAAACGCGGCCCAUAAGAUCCAGUAAGCAGACUAAAUCCAAGUCCACAGCCAGGAAUGCAUCCCCAACACCAAGACCGGAUGCGAGUGCCAAUCCCUGGACGAUUGCCAGCUCACACGUCAAUCCCAAGGCUCCCAAGGCCAAGUCUAUGAAAGCUUCCGAGGCCAUUAUUAUAUCCUCUAGCCCACCUACGUCGCCUGGCCCGAUCCAUCAUUCCAUAACACAGGGUCUGGAUAAUCGCACUACUGAAAAUAUCUCUCCAACGUCUCUUUCUUCAACUUUAAGUUUGGGUCCUCGAAAGCGGCGUUCUAUCACGCCGACGAAGACGGAUCAGAUAAGCGACGGGUUGUCAAACAGUCGUUGUACAGUAGGAAGAGCCCUAAGUCCAUCGCCAAAGUCGAGUGAGAAGAAACCCCAUCGUAAGCUAGCCAGGACCGAAUCACUACCUGUGGCGGAAAGCCCACGGCAGCCAUCCGUGGGAAGUAAGAAUGGAACACGUAUGUUCGCGCGAGCACGUACUGUAAUAGUCGAAGCCCUGCCGCUCUCAGACUCGGAAGACGAGGACGAGUUCGACCUGCCUCCACUAAGUACCAUCGUCAGCAAACUCCCCCUCGGGAACAAAUCAUCUUCCAGGCCUAACGUACCAGAAACGCAAGUAGCUCAAGUCUCAGAGUCAAAAGGGGCAAACCAGCAGCCGGGGAAAGAUAAGAACAGACAGACAACUCUAAACAACGCCUUUAGCACAACUAAAAGGACCACCAAGAUAUACGCACCCCGCAAGAGCGAGCCCGGAUUCUUCAGAGAAGUCGAGGUCGCAGCCGAUGAGGCUGAUGAUCUGCUCUCGAAAGUUAGGGGCGGUAAUGCUGCAUGGAGACGUAGUGACGUCUCGUGCAUCGACCUGACGGGUGAGGAUUGAUUCCUAUCUUACACACUUAACCUAGAAGAGGAUCGUACAUGUACUUGUCGAGGAAGAAGUGAAAUUGCAUUUCAAGCUACAGGGAGCGGUUGGUCUCGGCGGAGUUUGCAUAACAGGCGCGUUUGCAUUGCAUUGCAUACCUAUACAUAGCAUCGAAUAGAAUACAAGGCGGAACGUAGAUGAUGAUAUGAAGCGUUACCUGCUCCAAGAUGAAUAGAUCAAGAUCAAGUUUUAU